AUGACCGACCAUGCCACAAUAUCCUCUCUGCACGCAUUCUUUUUGGCCGGUGUGAUAUCCAGCAGCUACGUACUAUCGGUCUACAUCUCUCGCCUCAUCGCCGAGCCUCGUCCGCCACUUUGGAGAAACGAUCCUGCCGUGAUCAAAGCGCGUUCCUUGCUGGCGAGUGCAAGUACUGCGUUGUCUUGCGGGCUUGUGUACCUCACCGUCAAAGCUAACGUAAACGGAGAUGGUACCACAACUCUUGAGUAUUUGGGGAUUCCUCACAAAUCAUUCGCACUAAUCCCGGAGGCAUGGAAAGCGUACUUCAUUGUUCCAGCGUUGUUCUUGGGUCCAUUGUACUCGACUUUCCUCGACGGAGCAUUGCCGUUCCAACGCAAUUGGGACUUUAAGACAGAUCUGGUGUCUCGAUUCACAACAUGGGAAGGCAUCAGGAAUUAUCUUAUGGCGCCGAUAACUGAGGAGGUGACGUAUCGGGCAUGCGUUUUGUCUGUAUACAGGCUGGCUGCUUAUACUCGAAAGACAAUGAUCUGGGUUGCACCAUGUUGGUUCGGUUUAGCCCAUAUUCAUCACGGUUUCGAGACGUAUAAGCGGAUGGGGAAGACAUCUUCGGCAUUACGCACUGCACUUAUGAGUACCAUAUUUCAAUUCAUUUAUACCACAGUGUUCGGAUGGCUCUGCAGCUUCUUGUUCCUCCGUACCGGAUCAAUUAUCGUUCCUACCAUCGCUCAUAUCUUCUGUAAUGUCAUGGGUUUCCCUGCGAUCACAUGGGAACUCAAGCAAUUUCCGUCUCAUAGAAUUUGCGAUUAUCCUCGCGUAU